CGACGCACGCCCCUACCUCUCGCGCGUGUACGCCGACGCGAUAUUGCACCGCCCGAACAUUCGCGCGACACGCGCGAACGGGCCAAUGGAUUCGGCUUCUAGCUUUCUUAGCGCCGCGCUUUUUCGCAUCUCGUCGCUUUAAUAAUACCCCAAUGCUGAGGAUCGCUCACGGGGCUUUCGCGCACAAUGCCGCCUCGGAUAAACUUUCCGAGAACGCGCGCUAGUUGCGAGCGUGCGACCGCGAGCGCGCUUUCUUUUCUUUUUCCUCCUCUUUAACGAACUCGAGGGGGCUAAAAUAAAAAGUGCAUCGUAACUUUUUGGAGGUUGUUAUACGCGAGUUUCAGAAAUCUUGGCUGCCGUGGACAGCCGAAAAAAUAAAGAAGACUACGGUCCAAGUGGAACCGAGGAUGUGCCGAGAACUUGUCUUCUCUCGCGCCCGAAGCGUAGUGCUUCGAUAUAUGCAGUACAUUUGUGCCCAAAGUGAUUGAUACGCGCAUCUUUGCUCAGAUGGUUUUAAGUUGAUUGAUUUCCAAGGGCUUACAAUUUGAUGCGUAAACAUUUCAAGAAUAAAAAGUACAAAUAUCAUUGAAAAAUCUGGUGUACGUAUCAUUUUUCCACAUCAUUUUAUGUAAUGCAAAAGAAAAACAAGCUACGUAAAGCGGAGUAACUGAGUACGAAAACAUCCUUUUUGCAGACCAAGACCAUAUCGCGAAAUUUUUUGUAGCUUUUUUGUAGAUAGAAAAAAAUAAGUGUUAGGAGCAGAAGGAAAUCAAUAUAAACAAUGAUUUAAUUACAAAUUUGUUAGUCACUCGAAAAAAAAGCGCAAAAUGAAAAGGCAAGCGUCAAGAUCAGAAGGUUAACGAUGAAGAUAUGAUUGGGUAAAAAAUGGAUAUUGGUUAAAAUUUAUUUUUGAAUGUCGCAACUUAAUCAUGGAUUAUCUUGGUCAAUUUAUUGCCUUGGGCAUUGAUGGCUUGAUAUUUGGCAUUUGUAUGAAGCAAUAUUUUUAUUGUAAAAACUCGAUAAACGCUGUAAAAAAUGUAGAAUUUCAUGAAGUUGGUGAUAAUCUAAGUGAACUCAUAGAAAAAAGUGCAGAUAAUAAAAUUGAUUACAUUGCGAUAAGAGGCGCUGUGAAACCCAUUGGGGAACCUAUUCGUAGUAUCAAUAACAAAGAUAUUACCGGCGUAGUUCAAAAACUUAGUGUAAAAGAACAUGUUGUUGUUUGGACAACUUCUGGUUACUGGUCUGACCAAGAACAUACAAUGCAAGAGGUAUAUAAUUCUGUUCCAUUUGUCCUUGAAAAAGGCAAAAAUCAGAUUGAAAUAGUAGAUGCAAUGGCAGCUGAUAUCUUGGAUUUGGAAACAAUUUCUGAUUUCUUUGAACCUAGUGCACCUACCUUUGUUGAUUACCUAUGGGGUUUUUUUACUGGACAAAGACAACGUGGUCUGCAAUCUACAGAAGAAAUGUUGAGGGAAGGAUCCAUUAUAACUGGGAUUGGCGAAUUAUCAAAGUCUCAAUCUAAAGCAGAAUCUUUAGUCCUUCAACCACCAGUCAAUGGUACACCGUAUUACUUAACAACUAUGUCUUUAAGUUCAUUACUUAGGAAGUUAGACGACAAAAGGAAAAUUUAUAGAUGGUUAUGUUUAAUGUUUGGUGCAAUUGGAUUAUUUAUUGGGGGUAUAGCGUUGAAACGUUAUUUAAAAGAUAAAGAAGAACAAAGAUUGCAAAAUGAAUUACAAAAAUCUUUAGAAGAUACCCGUAAAGAAAGAAGACAAAGGGUGCGAGAUAGAGAACUUCGUGAAGAUCAGAUAUGUGUUAUUUGCUGCACAAAUCCUCGCGAAAUUAUCCUGUUACCGUGCGGUCAUGUUUGCUUAUGCGAAGACUGCUCGAUACACGUUACCUCGAACUGUCCAGUUUGUCGAAAAAAUAUUACGCAGAAGAGUGCUGCCUACAUUGCUUAAAAAUGAAAUUGUUUGGUUUUAUAAAUUCUAGGGAGUAUUUUUGUGAGUUAGAAAAAAUGAAAAAAAUAAAAACAAUGAAGAAGCUUAAGGUUUUAAAAAUAUAAACAUGAACUAUU